CGCAGAGCUGUAACUAGAGUUCGUCAAAGGCAACGCCGCUGGAACCGCAAACUAAGCGACGCGGGAACGCGAGUUAUAUGAGUGACUGAACCUGGGCUCAAAUUCGGCCAAGAAGUUUAUUCGUGCCAGCUCUGGUAUUUGCCGUCCGUGCCGUCAAGCAGCAAGAAAAAAAAAAAAAAAAAAAAAACGAUGGACGAGCGAGAGGGUGACAAAAACAAAAACAAUAAAGCGAGACCCUCCCUACCCUCAAGGAACGAUGAAGAAACAAAAAUGUAAAUAGAGCGAGCGAGAAGGAGCAAAGGCCGAAGCCCACGGCCGGAGGAGGAGCGUAGCGCGCCGUUUUUCCUGCCGUCCAAGGCGGUGCACGAUCUCGCCUCGGGAAUGUGGCGGCUAUUACCCGCCGUCGCGUUGUCGUCGUGCCUGCAGCGCCUGGCGUGAGACAGGCCAGCCAGCAAUGGUUCUGCUUCCGCCUCCCGCGGCUGGUGACGGGCCAGCCGCUGGAGGCCUGAGUGUGGCAGAGCUGCGGGCAGUGGCACUGAGGCAGCAGCAGCAGUUGGCAUGGCAACAACAGCAGCUGGUGGCCCGCGAACAGCGGUUGCGGUUCCUGCGACAGGCACCACACGAGCCGCAGGAACUCAAGCUACGUCGCCUGCGUGCCCAGCUCGACCAGCAGCAGGCCGGCAAUGCCAGUCUCGCGGCCGAGCUGGAGGCAGUGCGGGCCCUCUUCUCGGCCAAGGAGAAAGAGCUGUCAGUGGCAGCUGCCAAGGUGGAGGAACUCACCCGGCAGCUGGAGGAACUGCGGCGCAACUCCGGCUCCAAUGGCAAUGCCGGCGUCAAUUCUGCCACAGCUGGAACAGACAGGGCACGGCACGAGAUGCUUAUGGCACGAGCCCAACGUGCGGGGCAGCAGCGGGAACAGCUCGCGCAGCGUCAGGCGGAGAUACAGGCCCUGGACCGCCGCAUUGCGGAGCUGCGUCAAAGGCUGCACAAGAAGCGCUUGCACAACAGCCAGCAGCAACAGCAGAUGGCACAACAACAGCAGCAGCAGCAGCAGCCACAGCAGCUGACGGUCGUGGCCAGUAAUGUCCGGCCCGGAGGCGGAGGCGGAGCAGGCCCACCGCCCCCUCUCCUGCUCGCCGCCAAUGUGGCUGCGGUGGAGCCCCGACCACGCUCGGACCCCAAGUACCAGACGUUGCCUUACAACACCAAGUUCCGCACGGCUCCGCCACUGCAACCUCCACCCCCUCCGCCUCCUCUUCCUCCACCAAACAGGCAGCCGGAGGGUUCGCCAGCCAGUAACGAAGAAAACAGCCCUCCAGACCAGAAGAAGGCCAAGGAAGCAGACUCGGCUCCAGAAGCCAUGGUGGAAGCAGUGUCCGACGACCCUCCGCCACUCAUUUGCCGCUCGGAGCCGCGGGCCAUUGCCAUGGACGGUGCUCCCCCCAGCCCUCCGGAGAGCAGCGAGGGCGAGGAGGAAGAUGAGGAGAGGGAGGCACCCGACAAGGACCGAGAGCAAACAAACGAGGAGCAGCAGCAGCAGACGGCAUCUGGAGAAGGAUCUGCAAGUGAGACGGAUGGGCCGCAGACUCAGCCGCAGCCACAGCCAGAACAGCAGCGUCCAGCAAGGGGAAACCUGCGCUCCGGGGGCAGUACGGGUGGCAGCGGGGGUCGCCGCAAAAAGGGUCCCCAGCGAGUGAGCUUUGACCCCUUGGCCCUGCUGCUGGACGCCGCCCUCGAGGGAGAGCUCGACCUGGUGCGCACGACAGCUGCUCAGGUUCCCAACCCGAGCGCUGCCAAUGACGAGGGAAUCACGGCACUGCACAACGCCAUCUGCGCAGGCCACCUAGACAUUGUCAAGUUCCUGGUUGAGUUUGGCUGUGACGUCAAUGCACAGGACAGCGACGGCUGGACGCCGCUGCACUGUGCGGCUUCGUGCAACAACCUGGCAAUGGUGCGCUUCCUGGUGGAGCAUGGCGCGUGCGUGUUUGCUGCCACACUGAGCGACCACGAGACGGCUGCUGACAAGUGCGAGGAGGACGAGGAAGGAUUUGAUAGCUGCUCUGAGUACCUCUACGGUGUUCAGGAGAAACUUGGCGUCAUCAACGGAGGGGUGGCGUAUGCCGUGUUUGACUACGAAGCUCGGCAGCCGGAUGAGCUGAGCUUUGCACAGGGCGACAUGGUGCAGAUCCUCCGCCGCGGAGGAGCAGAGGGUGAUGCAGAGCAACCAUGCGGAUGGUGGUGGGCACGGCUCCGUGAUGGCCGCGAGGGAUACCUACCGCGGAACCUGCUCGGGCUCUACCCAAGGGUGCAACCUUGCCGACCAAGCCUGGAGGAGUGAGCAACUUGCCAUUCGUUUCCACGAUGAAAAGUAUUUUGCCUUGAACGACAAUGUGCCUUUGUCGCACCUUGUUCGGGACACAAGUGUUGGGACCCACUGAAGCAGCAGAGUGACUAUUGUAGCCACUCGUAGACCAGUAUACAGGGACCAGGAUGCAAGCGCAAUAAAGUGUGGGAACAAAUUGA